AUGCUUACCUUUUACAACCCCUACAUCAUCGGUGCCAUCUCGACAAUGGGAGGCUUCCUAUUCGGCACUGAUAUCUCGUCUAUCUCUGCCUUCAUCGGUGUCGACGGGUACAAGGACUACUUCGGUCAUCCCGACGAUAUCGUCCAGGGUGGUAUCACUGCAGCUAUGCCCGGUGGUGCCUUCAUCGGUGCUAACGUCGCUGGUUAUGUUAGCAACCGCUUCGGCCGCAAGCCGUCCAUCAUCAUGGCCACGGUCUUUUGGGUCGUUGGUUGCGCACUGUGCUCUGCCGCUCAGAGCGUCGGCAUGCUCGUCGUCGGUCGUCUCAUCAAGGGUAUCUGCGUCGGCUGGUGUUCAAGCCAAGUUCCUGUUUACCUUGCCGAGCAAUCGCCCAAGGAAAUUCGUGGCCGUCUUGUUGGCUGCCAGCAGCUCGCUACUACCAUCGGUAUCCUCGUUAUGUUCUACAUCUCGUACGGCUGCUCCUUCAUCUCGGGUCCGACCUCCUGGCGUCUCGCCUGGGGCCUGCAGAUUAUCCCCGGUUUCCUGCUCGCGGUCGGCAUGAUCUUCUGCCCUGAAUCCACCCGCUGGCUCGCGUCGCACGACCGCUGGGAAGAGGCUGAAUACAUCGUUCAGCGCAUCUACAACCAGCCGCUCGACUCCGCUCAAGUUCAGGCUGAGAUCAAGGAGAUGCACGAAGCUAUCCGUCUGGAGCGUGAGGCCGCCGAUGUCACUUACCUCGACAUGUUCCGCGCCCGCCUCAUCACCCGUACCAUCGCUGGAAUGUCCGCUCAGCUUUGGAGCCAGCUCGUCGGUGUCAACGUGAUGAUGUACUACAUCGUCAACAUCUUCCAAAUGGCGGGUCUUACGGGCAACACCAACCUCAUCUCGUCCUCGAUUCAGUACAUCAUCAACUUCGUCAUGACCAUCCCCGCCAUCCUCUUCGUCGACCGCUGGGGACGUCGUAUGACCCUCAUGCUCGGUUCGGCGUUCAUGGCUGCUUGCCUGUUCACCGUCGCUGGUCUUCUCGCCGGAUACGGCCACUACGUUGACAGUGUAGACGGCAACGAAGACGUCAAAUGGGUUGUCACCGGUCCUCCAUCCAAGGGUGUCAUCGCUGCCUGCUACCUCUUCGUCGCCGCAUUCGCCGUCUCUUGGGGCCCGGUCAGUUGGAUCUACAUCUCCGAGAUCUUCCCCUUGCCAGUCCGUGCCAACGCUGCCGGUCUUGCUACUGCCACCAACUGGAUCAUGAACUUCGCCCUUGCCUUCUUUGUCCCCGUUGCGUUCAGGAACAUUCAAUGGAAGACCUACAUCAUCUUCGCUGUCUUCUGUAUCGCGUCCCUCGUUCAGGUCUUCUUCACCUACCACGAGACCAAGGGACGAUCGCUCGACGAGAUCUCCGCUCUAUUCGAGUCCGGUGUGUCGCCGUUCGCCAAGGCACCACCCGCCGACGCUCUUGCGCGCGUCACUGCCGCUAGCAAGAAGGCCGAAUCCGUCUCCGAUCACGACUCUGCCAGCCACCACGUUCACGACGAGAAGAUGGCAUAA